AUGCUAGACAGCAUGCGUAAUGUAGCUUUAUCCCAUCCUGUCGACCAUUCGACAUCUCAACAACAUAUCACCAACAAUAGAACUGUUCAAAAUCAAGGUUCAGUUACUUCAUCAACUACACAUUCGAAUUCUUGUACCAACCAACCACCGUUAUUAUCACAUUGUUUUCCUGUUCCUAGUACUGAUAGUGUCAUGACAAAUCAAUCUAGUUCAUCGAAUGUCAAUAACACCACCAUUCAUUGUUCAAUGCUCAACCAUCCAUGUUAUACCACCAACUGCCAUCAUCAAUCUCCAUUGAAUUUCGUCUAUAGCCAAGAUAAUCAAAAUGUUACACCAAUGGAAAGUGAAAAUGAUAAUGGUUUUACACUCGUCAAACGGAAAAAGAAAAAGAAAAAAAUUGAUCUUCAACAAAAUCAAAAAUCUUCAUCUUCAUCUUCAUCCUGUUCUUCAUCACCAACAAGUUCAACAAAUGGAUCCACUUCUUCAACAAACACCAACAGUAUUAUUAAUCAUGUUCAACCGACAAGUGCUGUUGCUAUUCAUUUACAACCAAAUUCACUUGAAGUUAAUGCACCUGUUUCAAUUAUUAAUCCAUUUAGUAUUGAAAUAUCACAACAGGCACGACAGUACGCGGAAACGCGUUAUGCCUUUCCGCCAUUCAUCAUCAAAUUCCAACAAGAUAUUAAUGAAAGUUCAGUAUUAAAGUAUUUAACAACCCAUUAUUCUUACAAUUAUAAUUCGAAUUUGAAUUUCGCUGGUCAUCGACUAAAACUUAAACGUGAUUUAUUAUUAUUUGUUAAUGAUCGUGAAUCGUUCUCAAUGCUCUAUGAUGCUUCAAAAUGGCCGUCGACCAUCGAAUCACUCAAUUUUGAAAAAAUUCUACCUAAUCAUCUACCACAUCAAUUUUCAUUAGUUCUUAAAAAUGUUCCAUUUGAUAUCGAAAUUGAUACAUUACUAACAAACAUUAAAUCUAUUUGUCCAGAUGUAAUGAAUGCACAUCGAAUUCUUAAUAAAAAUCAACACCCUACCACAUUAGUUCGACUUGAUAUUAACAAUAUAAAUGUCAUUGAUGAAUUAGUUGGUUCACAUGAUUCCAACGAUGUACGUUGCCCUGAUGUUAAAACAUACAGGGCCGUACUCACAAAAUCUCUUUUAGCUAAAACAAGUACAAUGAAUCAUCAACAAAAUAAUCAAUCAAAGUUCCACUAUAAAGAUCAAGUUUAUCCAUCAUUAAAUACGAAUUACAACAACAAUCAUCAUAGAAUAAAUAAUUUAUCAAACAUUUCAAGUAAACGAAUUGAUGAACUAUACCACAAGUUGAGCAAUUUAGAAGGCAAUUUGAAUCGUCUAUUAGAUUUAAAUAACAACUAUGCUGACCAACGUACUCGUACACAACAAAUAAUUAUGAAUCAUAAUCGUGAUAUACAAUUACAACAAAUCGACGGUGCAUUCCAACGUGAUUUCGUCAGUCAAUUUAUUUCUCCAAUUUGUCAAGUAAUGGUUGAAGUGAUUCCGGUCUUAGUUAAACAGAAUGUAUUGAACGAUAAAACCUUACUUUGUCCUUCGCUAUUAGCACUUUGUGCCAAACUAGGAAAUGAUCUCCAGGAAUUUCAAAUUCAGCAAUUACUCACAGUUGGAGCUAGUAUAUCACAUUGA